AUGCGUUACCAUAUCUUGUCGGCCCUCGCGGCCUCGGUAGCCAUCGCUGCCCCAGCCGCAACAUCAUAUGAUUACAUUGUGGUCGGCAGCGGCCCCGGCGGCGGGCCCCUAGCGGCCGACCUCGCGCGCGCCGGGUACUCGACCCUCCUGAUCGAGGCCGGCGGAGACGAGGGCGAGAACCCGACGUACUCGGACAUCCCCAACUUCAACGAGGCGGCCAACGACGAGCUGACGCGAUGGGACUUUUGGGUCAAGCACUCGGACGACCCGGAGCGAGACCUCAAGUUCCAGCACACAACCUGGGACACGGGCGACGGCACCUUCUACGUCGGCCUGGACCCCCCGGAGGACGCCAAGCUGCUGGGAAUCCAGUACCCGCGCGCCGCUGUGCUGGGUGGGUGCGCCAUGCACAACGCGGGAGUGUGUGCCCUGCCUGCUGAUGACGACUGGAACAUCAUCGUCAACAAGACGGGCGACGAGAGCUGGUCGGCCGAGAACAUGCGCAAGUACUUUAAGAAAAUUGAGCGGAACGAGUACUUGCCUGCUGGAGACGAAACCCACGGAUACGAGGGCUGGCUCGCCACCUCAGUAGCAGACAACAGCUGGGCAACCAACACCUCGCUCCCAGGCACCAAGAUCCUGCGCAAACUCGCCGAGCUAACCAACCAAGACCCCGACGCGGCCGCGGACCUCGUCAACCGCGACAUCAACGAAGCGACCGCGGACCGCGACGAAACCAGCUCCUUCUACAACAUGGUGACGCACGCCUCCGCCGCCGGCAAGCGCAGCAGCCCCAACAACUACGUGCGCGCCACGCUCGCCGACCCAGCCAAGUACCCCCUGACCGUGCAGCUCCACACGCUCGUCACGCGCGUGCUGUUCGACAACGCGACGGUCCCGCGCGCCAUCGGCGUCGAGGUCAUGGAGGGCGCGUCGCUGUACAAGGCGGACCCCAAGCACGUGGCGGGCACGACGGGUCCCCUCUCCCAGAUCCUCGCCACGCGCGAAGUCAUCGUCGCCGGCGGCGCCUUCAACUCCCCCCAGAUCCUCAAACUCAGCGGCAUCGGCCCCGCCGCCGAACUCGCCGCCUUCAACAUCCCCCUCGUCAAAGACCUCCCCGGCGUCGGCGAAAACCUCGGCGACAACUACGAGGGCUCUCUCCUCGCGCUCGGCGCCGCCCCCGUCGACUCCGGCCUGAUCACGCUCCUCUUCCGCACGCCCUCGGCCCCCACCGCCAAGCGCAACAUCUUCACCUGGUGCGGCGCCUUCUCGUUUGAAGGCUUCUGGCCCGGUUUCCCCACCUACCACGGCCCGACCCAGUAUACGUGCGCGCUGGUGCACAUGGCGCCCAAGUCGCAGGCGGGGACGGUGCGACUGGUGUCGGCGGACCCGCAGGACAAGCCCGAGAUCAACUUCCGGUUCUACGAGCGGCACGGCGAGCAGGACCUGCACGAGCUGGUGGAGGCGGCGGACCUGCUGCGCGAGGCGUGGAAGGCCGCCGGGGAGCCCGUGCUGCCGUUGGAGGAGCUGCAUCCGUGUCCGGCGGGGGAGGAGGGACCGUGCGAUGAGGCGAAGCAGGCCGAGUAUUUUAAAUUGCAGGCGUAUUCGCAUCAUGCGACGUCGACGUGUGCGAUUGGUGGGGAUGAUGAGCCGUUGGCGGUGUUGGACUCCAAGUUCCGGGUUAGGGGGGUGGCUGGGUUGAGGGUGGUGGAUGCGAGUGCGUUUCCGGUGGUGCCGGGGGCGUUCCCGAGCUGUCCGACGAUGAUGUUGAGCGCGAAGGCGGCGGAGGAUAUUCUGGCCGAUGCGAAGGCAGCAGAGAGACGAUAG